UUUCAGUGGUGGUGGAGGUAUUUGUCAGCUGAUCCUGCAAAGCAUCAACUGCAGGAUAAUUUACAAGAUUCCACUGCUCAUAUUUAUUUCCAGUUCCAGAUGAGAUGUGCUCAUGAGGCCAUAGCUCUGCACAUUCCCUGAGACAGGCACAUAUUUUGUUGGCCUUCAAGCAGAAACUCCUUUCUGAUGAUCUGGUGGAAGUCUGCGCGUAAUCGAAACUCUAAAUCACGGAGCCGUGAAACGCACCGUGAGGAGCAGAUCAGCAGUCAGUCAGUGCAAGCCCUCUCCCCCCUCCACAAUAUGGGAGACCCAUUACUUUUUCCAUGCACGCACCGUACGCACGAGGACGUCACGGACGCGCAUACUUCCACAGCCCCGUAGAUUUCUCCACAAUUGCAAACUUGAUACCCCUGAAAGCAACGCAUAAUGUGUAGCAGCUGAGCGCACAGCUUUUUUCUGAAUCCGGCUCCUGCGUGAUACGAUAUGCCCACAGCCUGAUCGCAGGGCUUUUCAUUUUUUUUUAUUUAUUUUUUUUACUCGGACAGCACAGAACUGUAGCAGCUGACAGACGGAUGCGGAGGGAGGGGUGCCAAGCGGAUUUCUGCCGGUUCGGGGACUAGAAUGCUCCUCUGUGUGUGCACCGACGGAUGACAGCCUCCAACCAGACCAGAAACUUUCAGCUCUGCGUUUGAAGCAAAGGAGGAGGAUGUGAUUGAUUCUAUUUUUUUUAUUAUUUAUUUGAAACGCAACAGUCACGAUGCAGGUGCAGAUUGUGGGCUAACUGCGCGGAGAUGACGCGUUGCAUUGUGCCACACCAACUCCGCAUUGUCAGAUGCCAUUUUCCCGUGCGUUUCCCUCCGCGUCUGGAACUGGAAUCCCCUCGUUCUGGGCCUGCUGUAUAAUUAGAAGUUGGCGAGGCAGUUGCGAAAAACAAGCUGGCGCAAAUGAGAAGCGACACUGCGCGCAGUCUGUGAAGCUUAUGGGUCCUGCGCACUCGAGCUCCCGGCUUCCACUUGGAGAGGUGUGCUGCGGCGGCGGGGCGACGGCGCACCGGCUGUCGGCUUCACAUCUGGACCGCCUGGGUGCUGUCAUCUGCGGCCUGCUUGGACGGCGUUUUCCCUGAACUUGUGUGCUUUCAAGGCAGCGGACUUGGGGGGGUCGUUUUGGAUAAGGGGGUACAGAUUUAGGCUCGGCCUUCAGAGCCUGACCGGCUCAUUCUGCUAUGGGUUUUUGCGUGGUGAAGUCACGUAUGUUUUUAAAGGCAACGCUCCAGUGACACUGCAGUUUUUUCCCUCCACAGCUGCCACCGUCUGAAUAAACAAAUAAACAAAUAAAUAAACCGGUGAAAGUGGAGUAUUGUCCGUCGUACGUCUCAGCGCAGUGGGAUUUCUACGUCUGCUCGGCGUUCCCCCCUCACCCCACCCUUCCCGCGGUGACGGUUAUGGGUCGGAAGCGGUGUGUCGGUGCAGAUUGUUCCAAGAUGGCGGCCGGGUGCUGCGGGGUGAAGAAGCAGAAACUGUCGGGAUCUCCCGGGUCGGGGGGUCCCGCCGGGGUGGGGGCGGGAAGCGGGGUGGCAGGAAGCGGACAUUGCGGUUCGGAGUUGGGGAUUGGCUCCUCCGCGACUGUUGCAUCAACGGCAAACUUGAGCAGAGCCAACGGCCUGGGGGGAACCGUUAGCGGCGGCGGCGGCAGUAGUAGUAGUAGUGGUGGUGGCGGCAGCGGCGGUGGCACGAACGCGCUGUCUCCAGCCCCGGCCGGUUACACUACAUCCGGCCUCUCCCCGAAUCUCAGCCCGGGACCAGGUUCAGGAAGUGGCGGCAGAAAAAUGGUCGUCUCGGCGGAGAUGUGCUGCUUCUGUUUUGACGUGCUUUAUUGCCAUCUGUACGGAUACCAACCUCCGAGAACACCCAGGUUUACAAAUGAUCCCUAUCCGCUGUUUGUCACUUGGAAAAUAGGCAGAGACAAGCGGUUGAGGGGUUGUAUAGGUACCUUUUCUGCCAUGAAUCUGCACUCAGGACUCAGGGAGUACACCCUUACCAGUGCCCUUAAAGACAGCCGCUUCCCCCCUAUGACAAGGGAUGAGCUGCCUCGACUCUUCUGCUCAGUGUCUCUUCUCACCAACUUUGAAGAUGUCGGUGAUUACCUUGACUGGGAGGUGGGUGUUCAUGGUAUACGGAUAGAGUUCUUUAAUGAAAAAGGAUCAAAACGCACCGCCACCUACCUACCAGAGGUUGCAAAGGAGCAAGGCUGGGACCACAUUCAAACCAUAGAUUCCUUAUUACGAAAGGGAGGUUACAAAGCUCCCAUUACAAACGACUUCAGGAAGACCAUUAAGUUAACCAGGUACCGUAGCGAAAAGAUGACGAUGGGUUAUGCAGAGUACAUCGCCCACCGCCAGCACCAUCACUACCAGAACGGCAUUGGGCACCCUCUACCCCCCUACAACCAUUAUUCCUGACAGCGAGCCGCAUGACCAAUCAUUGGACCUCUCCGAGGACCUUUUCCCAGGAGAGCCCGCCCCCUCCUGGUCUAGCUAUUUCUACUACUGUACCAUUUUAUGAUGAUAGUUUCCGUUGCCAUGCUGGCCGUCUCCCAGACGUUGACAUGGCAACGGGUGGCAACAGAGCAUCAUUUGAUUAUGGCAAGAAAUCCAUGCAUUUCUUCUCCUUUUGCCUGUGGUUAAGUUUUUGCAGCAUAUGUAUGACUAUAACCCCUCCCAUUCAUAUAUCGGAAAAAAAAAAAUUAAACCAACAAGGAAUAAUCUUAAUGUUUGUAUUUUCCACAAACCCAAUCAGGUGUUUGAUUCUGUGGAUGGAAAAAAGUCUUUCUCUUGGAUUAGUCUGGCUACACUUCAACAGAUGCUGAAUGUUUUCUUCAGUUUCUGUCUCCUAACCAUCCAAACAUGUCAUGUAGCAAGAAAACUGCAGUUUCUCAAAGGCUGUGUGGCUCCGACCACUCUCAAAAAAAGAAGGAAAAAAAAAAACUUGGAUCUGUUCUAGCGUUUUAACUCUCGUAGUGUCGAUGUAGGAACAAUGUUUUUGGGAUAUGUAUACUCCAAAGUGUAGAUAGGAUUGUAACCAGUCUUGGCUGGUGGGGUGUUUUGAAUAUCACUAUGGUUUCUGUGUGUGGAUUUAGAUAUUUCUACAGGAUGAAGACUGGUAAAAAAAUCAUUAGGAAAAUGGUGGUGUGUAUUUUCAGGGAAAACUGUGGGGGGUAAAGUAACUGAUAAAAGAUUCCAGAGUUUGUUGGUUUUUUGAUGCUCUGUGUUGACUGGGGGAGGUCAGAUGAACCUCGUGAAAUAGGACUUUCUGAAAUCGUUUUCCCCCUCUGAUUUAAAACCUGCAGAGUUUUUGGCAGGGAAUCUGGACAGGGACAACCUGAAACCACUUAAGCCAUAUUCUCCAACACUUCAGUUGUGUGGUUUUAGGCGUUUGGUGGAUUUCAGCGACUGUGUCAUGUUCCUCAUGGAAGUUUAGUCUUGCCUUUUCAGAUUAUAGCUAACCAUUGUCACUCGUCCACAAUCUACGAUGGAUUUCUAUGAAACUAUUAAAAAAAAAAAACGGUCUCUUGCAAAGAAGAGUCCUUCCAGACGCACAAAGCCAGUGGUCAUGUCAACGUGCGUGUGUCAUUUGUGAAGUGUAGUGAAUCACACCCUCGUCCCUGACCCCCCCGACCCGUGUGUUUACAGCAGAGAAUGUUAUGAUUGGUGGUCCGUUUUGUCAGCUGUUGCGCAGCAGGAAACGCAGCUAGAAACCUGUGGCUUCGAGUGUUUUUGCCUGAACUUGUGUGUAGGGGAAGAAAAAGCCAUCGACACAUGAGCGGCUGUCCGUUAGGCUCGUUUAGCUUCCUUUAACGAAUGUUUGAACCGUAGCGGUCGGAGCUUCUGUCCGUGCUGUAACUGGAGGUUCGGUGUUUGUUUUUUUUUUGAGAGGUUCUCGUUACUUGACCAACACCGUUCGUGGUAACAGCCUUUACUAACUGACAGGUUCUUUUUCUUUAUGCAAAAACGUCAAGGGCUUUCGGCACUCCAUCCACAGUCACCCGAAAUGAUCCAGACUUCAGUUGUGUUGCCUUAAGUAAAUUAUUUAUUGAACGGUGGGCCAGCAGAUAGCGCUGUCGACUGUUCCUCUGGGAUUGUUGCGAAAAUCGCAGUGCUUGGAUUCAUCGAAGCUAAAACGGCGAAACUUAAACUUGGUUCUGAUCCGAUAAUCUGUCGGGACCUUCUAAAGAAAAGACUUGACACUACGCAACGAGGGACAGUCGGGCGCCGGUCUCCUGGCCCAUCAAAUACAGCACAACCUGAAUUUUUCUGCUGCAAAACCAAAUUGACCAUGCUCUUUUACAUAUAUGUCUUUGUAUACACAUGCAAUGUAUUCUGUUGCAUGUAUGUAUGAGUAUGAGACCUAUGGUUUUAUCCAUGAUAUAUGCUUGAUCUGUGGCUUAGACACUCUUAUUAACCAUUAAGAGAUUUAAAAAAAAAGACAACUAUGGUGCUAUCGGACCUCAUAUUGGGGUGGUCACAGCUCAUGACUGGUCAUGCGGACUCAUUAAUCAUAUCAUACUUAAAGAUGUAGGAUUUUCUCUCUCGCUGUGAAAGGAGUCACGACGGCACAUUUUGAUACUGACGGAUCAGCCUCUUUGAUACGGAAAAGCUUUGCUUCGGGAUCAAUUCCCUAUGGGAAAACCAGACAUUCUUAAUUAUAAUUAAGGAAGGACGGCACAGGAGGCUCCAGAAUGUACUGUUGAUGGUUGGUGUGGUUUCGCAGUGACGUAUGGAGAGAAAGUCCUACAUGUGUUAACUUUUACUCUCCUUGAUAUAUGCAGAUCUGUUUUACAGGUGUUUUUUUGUUGUUGUUUUUCUUCUUUAUCAGUCAACAGCCCUGCAGGUUUGAAAGGACACGAAGUCAUAAGAUAACCCCUCUUCCUCGGUUUCACUGUGGCCCAAAGUCAUGGCCGGGUUCGUCGACGUGAGAAUCUGGGACGGUAGUAGCGGUAGACGCCGUGUGCUCGUAUUGGUUUACAGAACAGGUUUUCCUCUUCGCUGCUGAAUCAUUUAACCUCUGAACGAGCAAGACGGCCUCUUUUUGUUUUGUUUUUGUCUUACCGCGACAAAGGAGAUCUAGCGUUUUAACGGUAGAGCGCGCAGGACGGCGUUCUGGUUCUGCACACGUUUCUCAAAGCAUCGAUACCUCAUGGGAUAACAGGAGCGACGGGUUUAGACUGUUGUAGCAGAUGCUGUGUGUCGGUUGGAGUUCCUGCGCGCUCGCUCUCGUUUUUCGGUGGAACGCUGGACUUCUACCUUUGACUGAACCAAAUAUGCCAGCGGCCAUGCCCAGAUGCUGCUCUUCUUCUGGUCUGGCUUCCUGUCCUUCCAAAAACCAACCCUGCUAUUGACUAAAUCUUUGUUUUUGUUUUUUUGUGCGAUUUAUUACCUGUCUUGUUACGCAACCCUGUAAUUCAAUGACUUCAUUCAUUGAUGCCGUCUUAAGGUCAAACAUGGCAUCAAGGCGGCUAACGCGGUUGCAACUUGUUACUUGUUUUGUUAUUAUUAGUAUUAUUAUUGCUCUAAUUUUCAUAAUUAAAAAAAAAAUCCCAUGUUGUGCCUCCUAGCUUUGUGGGUUUAUAAAUGUUUUUUUUUCCCCAAAGACCAGCAGUUAUACUUUGUAUACAAGAUGAAUUUUAUUUCCCUUAUUUUUUAUGCCAUUAAAAGUAAAAAAAAAAAAAAAAAAAAAAGCCUGUUUUCUUUACUCUGGACCCAGUAGCUGCACUGGUAUACAAUCGCACUGAUGGAUAAAUAAAAAAAAAAAAAAAAAGAAUCAAUAAUAAUAAUGAUAAUGACGAAUAAGAACUUCAAUAAAAUGGUGUUUAAAGCUUUUGUUAUAAAAGGAAAAAACUACAAAAAAAGACUGUUUUGUACAUCAAAAUGAAUUCUUUUCAAAGGAAUAUUUUGGAUCUAGUUUCAAAAUUAUUUUAGUGGUUUUCUAUGUUCAGAAUAUUUCAGACACUUGACUUCUAAGAAGUGUCACUGUACAAAAAGACAUUUUUUGUUGCAGUGCUCUGAUGGGCUGGGAGGGUUACCUGGUGUAACUCCUCAUACCAACUUUUCCGUUGAUCUUUUUUUUCUUUUUGCUUUUUUUUCCUUUUGAAAUUGAGUUUUCUGAGAAACAACGAUGGAAGUAAUGUAAACCGGGAACUUUCCAUCCACACCCUGUAGAGCUAGGCCCUCAACCCUUUCCUGUUGAAUUGCUGUAAGUGUGAUGGGACUUGAAACGGGCAUUUAUUCAAAUAUGGCUCUGGAUGGAGGGAAACGAUGAAAAAAAAAGAGGAAUUUACAAAAAGAAAAACUAAAAUGGGCAAAAUGCAAAAAACUUCAAUGAAAUGUGGGAAUGGAUGGAAAACAAAUCUUAUAUAGAUGGAUUAUUCGAGUAUGUAAGCAAUGGCUGUGAAGAAAAUGUAGUUUUAAACCUUGUUAUUACCUUUUAAAAUCAUUUAUUCAAUAAAAACAAAUACAAAAGCCA